CGAGCAGCGCCAUGAGCAACACUACCGUCGUCCCCAGCACUGCGGGCCCGGGCCCCAGCGGCGGGCCGGGUGGUGGCGGCGGCGGUGGCGGCGGCACCGAGGUAAUCCAGGUGACUAAUGUCUCCCCGAGCGCUAGCUCUGAGCAGAUGCGGACCCUCUUCGGUUUCCUAGGCAAGAUCGACGAACUGCGCCUCUUCCCGCCGGAUGAUUCACCUUUGCCAGUCUCAUCCCGUGUCUGCUUUGUUAAAUUCCAUGAUCCGGACUCAGCAGUUGUGGCACAGCAUCUGACAAACACUGUAUUCGUUGACAGAGCAUUGAUAGUCGUACCAUAUGCAGAAGUGGAGAAGGCAAAUGCAAAACUCUUCCUGAUGACUGAAAAACAGUGGGUCCUCUGCAGCUACAGGGGAUUCUAGACAUUAACUAAAGGCCAGCAAGCACUCAAGUCCCCCAAGUGUUUUUCUGGUGUAACCAUUUGUUAACUACAUUUUCUUUUCUUUUUACAUUUUAGGAGGUUAAAGUAACUUGACAGAAAUAAUGAGCAGGGUUUGGGGAAUCUUAAAAAAAAGCCACUGUGACAAGACAGCACUAUUUUAAUUCCAUUUUGUAAAUUUUCUAAGCCAUAUUUUAUAAUUAGUUUGUUCCCAAUGUACUGCUACUUUAUUUGCUUUUUGUUAUCUAUAAAUUUUGAUCAAAGAAAUAACUGAAAUAUAAAAUUACUGGAUUUUAAUUAAGAUAAUAAUUAUGGGGUUUUAAGUUAAUUUUGACCAGGAUUUAAUGCUUUCCCCUUUCCUUAAUGUACUGGUCAGUGGAAGCAGAAUCUUGAUAUUGUUUACUUUAAAUGCUAUCUCUCAGCUCUUUGAAUACCAAUGUGAACAUUUACACCAUACCUUGUAAAAAUUGUGAAAUGUCUAGUCCUUAAAACUUAAACAAAUUGCCUCUGGUUUCUAAAGAACUUAAGUUGCAUUCAUAGAUGGGGUAAAGGCAUCUAUAUAAUAGUACAUCUAUCUCUAUGAUAUUAAAGUGUGUCGACCAAUUUAAAGGUUUUAAAAUAUAUAUGCUGAUAAACAUUUAAUUUAGUAUGUUUUGAUUAAGCAAUUCUUUUUAUAUCAGUUUGCCUGUUGUAGGAUAAGACUUACCACCAAAAGAAAAUUUACAGAAUUCAAAUUUAGAAUAAGUAAAAUAUAGAUGAUAGUUUUUGGAACAAGGGUCAAAUCAUGUGAGUAAUGUGCAAAACAUUAGCCUUUAAAUUUAAAUAAUUCUUAUUGGCUAAGUUUUAUAUCAAAGUUCCCGAGCCCUGGACAUAAUACAGUAUAUCAUAAUAUAAUUGGCUUUUAUAAAUAUUUUUAGACUAUGGUAAUUUUUCUGAAUCUGUUUCAAAAGUGAAAUAUUUAGGAGUGUAUGUGGAAUUACCAAAAUACUUAGUUCUGGAAUCUAUUUUUAGUGUAUUUAAUAAUGGUAUGGUAUGCUGUAUUAAUGUUAUCUCCACUAAAUAACUGAUGUACUCAAUCCAUUUGUCACCAUUCACCCUAGUUUUAGCUUUGACACUUUGGUGUUGCUUCUUGAUCAUGUUUUAGAACAAUAGACACAAAGUAUACGGUAAGGAAUAAUCGUAAUUGGUAAAACUGAGAUAGCUGGAUUUGGAAGGAGCUCUUAAUAGUAAUGGAUUUGGGGGUUAUUUAGGUUCCUUGGUUAAUGUUUGUUUCUUUUGUCUGUUUCUUUUUCUUUCAUUUCUACACAUUCAUGCAGUAUUUCAUGGUUCUAUCAAAGCAGCAGUAAAAAAAAUACUCUUGACGCAUGAAAAUUAACUGUUCUUUUCCCUGGUUCAGCCUGAACUAUAUACCAGGCCCUGCUGAAAAUACCACCCAACAGUUUUCUUCUGCAGCUUAUCCAGUUUCUCUUAAGUGCCCUGUACAUAUUGUAUGUUUUAUGAUGAGAUGCAGUUUCUUAAUAUGUAUUACAGAAAUACUACUGGUAUUUGCAAAUAUAUAGUUUAAUUGUAUUAUUGAACUCUCAUUUUGGGGGCUUGGGCACAUUAACAGAUUAAUCCAUCUGUAUAGGGCUUUUGCUGUUGGAUAGAAUUUAAAUUGUGUACAUAAAUAUUUGUCUUAGGACCCUUAGAUGUUAUCUGAAUACACAGUUUAGGCUUUAAAAACAGAUUACAUGUUGUUUUCGAGUAAAAAGUUUAGGAGUUUGCUUAAGUUAGCUUUUGAACUCACACUGUAUAGCAGCAUUUUUUGGUAUGGUUAGCAUGGCACAUGCUGGAAUAUAAAGCAUUUUACUGUACAGGUAAGGAAUGUGCCAUGUUAUUUUACCCCUUCUCUCUCUCUUUCUCUCUCUCUCUCUUACUCCCCCACACACAUCCAGUGUGUAUUCAGAAACCUUCAGAAACAUUCAUUUUCAUGAGUCAGCAAAAGCCCUACACUUGAUUCCAACAGAAUAUUUCCUUUACAUACUUUCCUUCUCUUAAUUUUUACAAAAUUUGUAUGGUAGGUGUAAAAGAAAAUCAUAGUAACUGUACCAUAUUAUUAACCCCUAAAUCAAACUUUUUUUGUCUUGUGUAUCUUGAUUUUUCUGUGUGCUUUAUAGUGAAGCAGCCGACACGAGUCGUUGUUCAUAAAACAGCUUUUGAAAGUUGAGAGCACACCCCUGGAGAACCGACUGUGCUUGCUUACGUUUGGUUCAUGACUUAAAAAUCGAGUACAGGUGAUGAAAUCUUGGCAGUGUUAACAAAAAAGUAGUGUGUAUUGUGCUAUUUUUUUUACUCUAGAAUCUUAACCAUUUGUAGAGAAAAAAAGGAAACAAACUUUCACACAUUGAAGUUUCAUUCUGACAUAAAGUUAAUGAUAAAUAAUAAUAGAAAUCAAGCUUUGUAUUUUAGCGAACAUAAGUACUUUCAACAAACUCAGGUGGUGUAUCAGGGAGACAUUUUCUGGGUGUUUUUGUGUGUUUUCUGUCUUGCAAAAGGGUGUGUUCUAAUGCAAGGAUGUUUCUCUGCAGGAGUUAUUCCUGAUGAGACUAAGGCUUUGUCUCUGUUGGCACCAGCUAAUGCAGUGGCAGGUCUUCUGCCUGGUGGUGGACUCCUGCCUACUCCUAACCCACUUACCCAGAUUGGCGCUGUUCCAUUGGCUGCUUUGGGAGCUCCUACUCUUGAUCCGGCCCUUGCUGCACUUGGGCUUCCUGGAGCAAACUUGAACUCUCAGUCUCUUGCUGCAGAUCAGUUGCUGAAGCUUAUGAGUACUGUUGAUCCCAAGUUGAAUCAUGUAGCUGCUGGUCUUGUUUCACCAAGUCUGAAAUCAGAUACCUUUAGUAAAGAAAUAGAGGAAGCCAUGAAGAGAGCACGAGAAGCACAGUCCCUAAUAUCUGCUGCCAUAGAGCCAGAUAAAAAAGAAGAAAAACGAAGGCACUCAAGAUCAAGAUCACGCUCUAGGAGGAGGAGGACUCCUUCAUCUUCUAGACACAGGCGGUCAAGAAGCAGAUCUAGAAGGAGGUCACAUUCUAAGUCAAGGAGUAGGCGACGAUCCAAAAGUCCCAGACGGAGAAGAUCUCAUUCCAGAGAGAGAGGUAGAAGGUCAAGGAGCACAUCCAAAAACAGAGACAAAAAGAAAGAAGACAAAGAAAAGAAACGUUCCAAAACACCACCAAAAAGUUAUAGCACAGCCAGACGGUCCAGAAGUGCAAGCAGAGAGAGACGACGUCGACGAAGCAGGAGUGGCACAAGAUCUCCUAAAAAGCCCAGGUCUCCGAAAAGAAAACUGUCUCGCUCACCGUCCCCUAGGAGGCAUAAAAAGGAGAAGAAGAAAGAUAAAGACAAAGAAAGAGGCAGAGAUGAACGAGAACGGUCAACAAGCAAGAAGAAGAAAAGUAAAGAUAAGGAAAAGGAUCGGGAAAGAAAAUCUGAGAGUGAUAAAGAUGUAAAACAGGUUACACGGGAUUAUGAUGAAGAGGAACAGGGGUAUGACAGCGAGAAAGAGAAAAAAGAGGAGAAGAAACCAACAGAACCAGUUUCCCCCAAAACAAAAGAAUGUUCUGUGGAAAAGGGAACUGGUGAUCCCCUGAGAGAAUCCAAAGUGAAUGGUGAUGAUCAUCAUGAAGAAGACAUGGAUAUGAGUGACUGAAUAUGGCCUCCAUGAGAAUCCACCUGUAUACAUGCAUCAGUGUCAUUCCUUUGUGUGAUAUCUUCAUGCUGUAUUUGUUCAUCUCAAACCUUAGAUGUAUACAGCUCUGAGCUAUAAAUGGUUAUAACGCUCCUGAUAUUUAUAUUAUUUACAUCCAAACAUUUUUAGAAAAUACUAUGUGGGUAACCAAUUCUUGAUGUGGUGAAAUCUGAUUGAGUAACCAAGCAGCUUGACUAUUCUGGUGCUGCUUCAUAGCAGAAGUGAAAAGCUGCAUGCAUCUACAGCAGGCAUGGAUUGUUUAUGUUGUAUAAUCUCCUUUAUUAAGUAAGUUCACUUAUAGUAUUUCUAGAAUUUGAUUCAUUGCCGUAAUAGAGCCAUGUAGGGAAUGCACUGAUUGCAUGUUAAUUGUGACAGGAAUAUCCUCAAUGUCAUUAAAAUCCUCAACAUGAUGGAUCUACUUAUGGUCUUGUUCGUUGAUAUGACAAGUUAACAUUCUUAUAGUUACAUCUGGAAAUAAGCAUUUGAAAUAGAUAAUCCUUUAAGCCUUGUGGCUGAAAUUUUGUGGCUUUUGUUUAACUUUGAAAGGUUAUAUAUGCACUAACCUUUUUUGAUGGCUGCUUAGGCUUUAAUUACAGAAACAAAAUUUGAAAUGAAACUGUCUUUGGCAGUGAGUAAAUAGCAUAUUUUGAAGUAGAGUUGUAUACUUUUUCAUAAGGUGUUUGGGAAUUUUUUUCCCUGAAAUAAUUUAUUUCACACCUACAUCAUUGAAAGCUAUCUGCCUAUCCUGAGUCCAUCUGUAAAAGACUUAUUUCUUGUCCUAAUUUUCAGUUUUUCACUUUUAUUAAUUUGUUUUAAUAUCAAUGUUGGAAAAAGGGGGUAGUGCAUUUUAAAUUGAUCAUAUGCUUUUAAAGUGAGACAAAUGUACUUGAUAAUGUAUUUUUAUUUGAUCUCAAGUUGUAUAAAACCAAUAAAUUUGUGUUACUGUUACUGCAGUAGUAAUCUUAUGCCCACAGUGAUUCCAUGUUAAAUGCAAAGUAGUUUAGGCAACUGUUUUCUUAGUUACAGGAGUUUCCAGCUUCACUUUUGUGCAGUAAAAACAAAAGUAGGCUACAGUCUGUGCCAUGUUGAUGUACAGUUUCUGAAAUUGUUUUACAAGUCUUUGAUAAUAAAACCCUUAAACCUAUGUUCAUGUUCCUGUAAAACCGUAUUUGUAUUUAUUUACAAGCUGUUGAAUGUAUGACAUUUACCUCAUUCAUUUUACAAAUCAAGUCCUUUCCCCUACAAUCUACAUAUUUACAAUCCAUCACUGUAGUGAUUAGUUACCAUCAGAAUUAUCAAAGUUGCUUUAAUUUCUAAAACUAUUUCUUAGUAUUAAUUUCUCAUAUUUUGGGUGUAGGAAUUGGGUUGAGUAAAGUAACUAGGAUAAAUGAUCCCACCUAUAUCUACUAAAUUUAUAUUUUCAGUGAAAUAUUUGCCUUUGCUGGAAUAGUAUAGCAAUUCAAUGGUAUGUAUCUAAUGUACAAUACUAAAUAUUUAUUCAUUUAUGAAAUGAGUAGUGUAGAGUGGCUGGGUUUAAGGGGGAAAUGAGACUUGGAAGUAUAGCUCUUAUCCAAGUCUGAUAAUUUUUUUAACUUUUAAAAUUGAAAUGCCAUAUAGAAAGCAGCAUUGUUUUUACAGUUUAUAGUAAGUAACUUUUUAAAGAUUUUAUCCAAAGGAAUUUUGUCUAUAGUUAUGAAGUUCUAGUAAUGGCCCUAAUAGUCAUUUUCAAACUGUUGAACAGAAGUGACAUUUACUUAAACCUACAAAAACUUUCUUAGUAGGUGAUGGUUGAACCAAAUGACUGCCAUUUUUGUAAAUCAAAACAAGUAAAAUGUUGGCAGUUUCACCUCGUUAAACCUAGUAUUAGUCUGUUUCCUCACUUGUAAUCUCUGAAUACGAAUAUACUUAACUUUUCAAAAGGGAUUAAGUUUUGGGCUGUAAAAUAGUGUCACUGAUGUAAAAUGUAGUGAAGGGAACUCGUACCUAGGUUAUUUUUCAGUGAACAUUUUAUGCACAAUGGUAAGGUUGUACAGGACACAAGCCUUUAACACGACCAGUUGAAACCAAGUGAAUACUGACUGCCUCCACACUUAAGUUUUGUUCUGUAUUUAGUAGUAAAUGAUUAUAAAAAUAAAAGUGGUUUUGUUA